GAGCUGACACUGAAAUCCAGCAGGAAACAGGAAGCAAAUACAUGGAGGUUAUUCAGCAGACACAAAACACUUCUGCUAUGGUAAACAUCAUCUGGCCAAUGCUGACAAAUCCAUUAAUAAGACCUUCCAAUCCUGCUCACAAUGGUCGUGUGUGCAGCACAUGGGGCAACUUCCACUUCAAGACCUUCGAUGGAGACAUAUUCUCCUUCCCUGGGCUCUGUAAUUACAUUUUUGCAUCCCAUUGCAACACUCCCUAUGAGGAUUUCAACAUCCAGAUUAGGCGCACAGUGGUGGAAAAUGCUCCAACAAUCAACCGUAUCACCAUGAUACUUGAAGGUGUAGCUGCUGAACUAACAAAGGAUGUUGUAACGAUCAACAGCAACAGAGUUCAACUGCCAUACAGAGAAUUUGGAAUUACGAUAGAGAAAAGCAGCAUUUAUGUCAAAGUUGCCAGCAAAAUGGGUAUUGUGUUAAUGUGGAAUGAAGAUGACAGUAUCCUGCUGGAAUUGAAUGAGAAAUAUGCUAAUCAGACCUGUGGACUUUGUGGGGACUUCAAUGGCUUUCCAAUUUACAAUGAGUUCUAUUCAAACAAUAUUAAGAUUACAGCAUUGCAGUUUGGGAAUAUGCAGAAAAUGGAUGGGCCAACAGAAGUAUGUGAAGACUCCACUUCUACCCUGCCAGAUAACUGCACUGAUAUUUUUGAUGACAUAUGUCAGGAAACAUUGACCAGCUCUGCAUUUGCAGAGUGUAAUCACCUAGUUGAUGUUAAAGAGUACAUUACGGCUUGCCAAGAUGAUUUGUGCCGCUCUGAAGAGUCUGAAAACGCCUCAUGUAUCUGUGACACCUUUGCUGAAUACUCCCGGCAGUGUGCUCAUGCUGGUGGGCAUCCUCUGAACUGGAGAACCUCAAAACUGUGUUCCAAGAAGUGUCCUUACAACAUGCAGUAUGAGGAGUGCGGCUCCCCCUGUGCUGACACAUGCACCAAUCCUGAACCAUCUCAGUUUUGUGAAGAACACUGUAUGGACGGUUGUUUUUGUCCUCCAGGCAAGUUAUCAUGUACUCACAAUUCUGAUCUCAAAGAACAGCAGCAACUUACCUGGACUGUAUUUGAUGACAUCAAUAAAUCUGGCUGCAUUCCCCGUCAGCAGUGCUCCUGUGUUUACAAUGGCAACACAUAUGCCACAGGAACUUCCUUUUCAGGGCAAUGUCAUUCCUGUACCUGUAAUGGAGGCCAGUGGCGUUGCGAAAACACAUCAUGCCCAGGAACAUGUUCAGUAGAGGGAGGUUCACACAUUUCCACAUAUGAUAAAAAAUACUAUGAUCACCAUGGAAACUGCACUUACGUCCUUUCUAAGCACUGUACAGAUGGAACAUUUGCCAUCCUGGUGGAACUACGCAAAUGUGGACUAACAAAAACUGGGACAUGCUUAGAGACAGUGAUCCUCGACAUGAAUAAAGGACAAACU